AAGCGGUGAGCAGCAGCAGCCGGGGAGCAGUGGCAGCGGAGGAGUUGGCGACGGGAGCAGAGGGCACCUGAAGCCAAGCCAACCCAACCCUACCCAGCGAUCGAGUGGACGGAGAGCCCCUCUGAGGCAAGGGUGUUGGCCUCUGCUUGAUACAAUCGCCAAAGCUGAAGACCCUAGUGACCUGGAGGGUAAGAUGCUUCGCCAGGCCCUGAGGCGCUUUGGGCAGAAGCUUGUUCGCAGAAGGGCCCUGGAUCCGGGCUUGGGGGAGAGCCGCUUUGCUCGAUGCCUGAGCACCCUGGAUCUGGUGGCUCUCGGGGUGGGCAGCACAUUGGGUGCGGGUGUCUAUGUGUUGGCUGGCGAAGUGGCUAAGGACAAAGCCGGCCCAGCCAUCGUGAUCUGCUUCCUUGUGGCGGCCUUGGCCUCUGUGCUGGCUGGCCUCUGCUAUGCUGAGUUUGGGGCCCGAGUCCCCCGCACUGGUUCAGCUUACCUUUACAGUUAUGUCACUGUGGGGGAGCUAUGGGCCUUCACCACUGGCUGGAACCUCAUCCUUUCCUAUGUCAUCGGUACUGCCAGCGUGGCUAGGGCCUGGAGCUCUGCCUUUGACAAUCUGAUUGGGAACCACAUUUCACUGGCCCUCCAGGGUAAUGUUUCUCUGCGUGUGCCCCGGAUCUUGGCGGAAUACCCAGACUUCUUUGCUCUUGGCCUUGUACUGCUGCUCACCGGGCUGCUGGCACUGGGGGCCAAUGAGUCAGCAUUGGUGACCAAGGUGUUCACAGCUGUGAACCUGCUCGUUCUGGGCUUUAUUAUCAUUGCUGGUUUCAUCGAGGGUGACAUCCACAACUGGCAGCUCACCCAGAAAGACUAUCAAGAGGCUGGCUGUGGACCUAAUGCCAAUCACAGCAUCGGCAGUUUGGGCUCUGGGGGCUUUGUGCCAUUCGGUGUAGGUGGUAUCCUCCGAGGGGCAGCCACCUGUUUCUAUGCAUUUGUUGGUUUCGACUGCAUUGCCACUACUGGGGAGGAGGCACGAGACCCUCAGCGCUCCAUCCCCGUGGGCAUCGUAGUAUCACUGUUGGUCUGCUUUGUGGCAUACUUUGGUGUGUCUGCUGCACUUACUCUCAUGAUGCCGUAUUACCUGCUGCUACCUGAGAGCCCCUUGCCAGAGGCCUUUCAUUACAUGGGAUGGGCGCCUGCCCGAUACCUUGUGGCUGUUGGCUCCCUUUGUGCCCUCUCUACCAGCCUCCUGGGCUCCAUGUUCCCCAUGCCUCGAGUGAUCUAUGCCAUGGCAGAGGAUGGCCUUCUGUUUCGGGCCUUUGCUCGAGUCCAUUCCAGGACACGCACCCCCCUUGUGGCCACGAUUGUCUCGGGCGUCACUGCAGCCCUGAUGGCGUUUCUUUUUGAGCUCACUGAUCUUGUGGACCUCAUGUCAAUUGGGACACUGCUUGCCUACUCCCUGGUGGCCGUUUGUGUUCUCAUCCUCAGGUACCAGCCUGAUGAAGUAAUGCAGCCAAAGGUAGAUCAAGCUGUGGAAAUGCAGUGGCCACAAGAGGAUAAGGAGGAGCCAGAGCCUGAGAAUAAGCUCCAGACCCUUCUGAACCUAUUCUGCCCAUCCUACUCUACGCCCACCCAGCUCUCUGGCCGUAUUGUCUAUGCAGCUGUCUCGAUUCUUGCUGUGGUGAUAACCAGCUUGUGCUUGGUACUGGCCCAGUGGUCAGAGCAGCUGGUGGCUGGGAACCCCACCUGGGUUACUGUGAGUGCCCUACUCCUGGUGCUAGUGGUUGUGACCACUGUCAUCAUUUGGAGGCAGCCCCAGAACCCGACUCAUCUCCAUUUCAAGGUGCCCGCACUGCCUCUCCUCCCACUGCUGAGCAUCUUUGUGAAUGUUUAUCUCAUGAUGCAGAUGAAGGCUGGCACCUGGGCCCGAUUUGGGGUCUGGAUGAUGGUUGGGUUUGCCAUCUACUUCACCUAUGGGAUCCGGAACAGCCUGGAGGGUCAGAAUGACCCAGUGCCCUAGCGCUCCUUCUGUCUGACUCCAACAGCCUGGAGAUGCUGUCAGUGCAACACUGGAGAUUGCCUCUGUCUUUGUGUUUUUGCUCAACUCAUCUUCUUGGGUCACAGGGGACUUGGGCUGCUAUUGGGCCAGGUGGGUCAUGAGGCCUGGGGAUGUCUUUUGUUGGGUCCCUGGAAGGGUAAGGGGUGGGGUUCUUAUACAGAACUGCAUUUAUUGUGAUUGAAGGACUGACCUUUUGCUGUUUCUUGUCUGACCUUUUUUACUGUCUUGUCUACUUUGU